GUACCAGCGAGAACCUCUUCUCCGGACUUAACCAACCCCCCGGAGCUCCUUCCUCUCGUUCCUUCUCCUCUUCGACAUCCUAGCCAUGGCGAGAGGCUUCCGCGGCGUGAGGGCGGACCUAUCAGAGCUCGCGCGCCACCUCCUGGACAUCGCCUGCUUCCUCUCCCCGCUCGUCCUCGCCCCCACGCAUGCUGACUCACCCCCGCCCUCCCCCCGCCCCCCGUCCCGCGUGCUCGCCGGGAUCCUCGCCGAUUUCGCCGAGAUCAGCGGGGGCCUCCGGAGCGGCCUGUCGCGGCUCUCAGCGAUCGCCUCCAGGAAAGCCCUGCCGCCGCCGGAUAGGGAUCGGGGGUCGAGGGAAUCGAGGGUCGGCGGGGUGUCAGAGGAGGUCCUGGAGUUUGUCACGGAACUUGUGGAGUGCCCCGAGUCGUGGCUGGAAUUUCCGGUCCCUGUGGAUGAUGAUUUUUUUAUGUCUCAUCCUCAAAGAGAGCAUAUAGCAACUGUUGAGCGCUUGGUUCCAAGUAUAACAGCUCUUAGGAUCAGCCUUUGUCCAACUCAUAUGAGUGAGGAAUGUUUUUGGAAGAUAUACUUUGCACUAUUGCAUCCAAGGCUGAACAAGCAUGAUAUGGAGCACUUAUCGACCCAGCAGAUUGUCGACUCCAUGCGUUUAAAAUUGAAAGAGAUGCAACAUGGGGUGGAUGCCCGGUCCCUGACCUUUGGGGCAGAGAGCUUUCCUUUGAUGAUGAGUGGAAGUAACAUGCAAGUAGAGGAUGAUCAAGCUCAGGAAGCCUCAGUAAUCGCCAAAACAACAUCUCAGCAAAGCAUGCAUGAGUGGUCUGUGGUACCUAGUGAGGUUGGCGAUACCACUGAUGGUGAAAAACAGUCCAGAAUGGAAGACUUCUUAUUUAGAGAGAGAGAUGAUGGUAGUAUUGGUCUGAUGGAGAGAUACAUGGAUCAACUCUUGGUAGAGAGACGCCAAGUCCAUUCUCCUUCUUCCUCCUACCAGCAAGAUCAAUUGACAAAACCCAUUCCAGUGUCUGAUUAUGACAAGGCAGUCCAUCGCACACCCCAAAUGAAAAUGCUGCUUAAUAAGGAAUCAGGUAAUUGGCAUGCUGUCGAAGAUUUUGACUUUGAAGUGGUUGAGAGGCCUUCUGUGGACAAAAUCAUGUAAAGGUUUUUUUUAUCAUCAUAUGCCUGUCUUUUAUGCUUUGCUUAAAUCUGUAAAUGAAGCGUUUUGAGCAUGUAAGUUGCUCUAACAGGCUCUCAUAAGAUCAUGGUGUCCUUUGUAGUACUUGUACAAUUUAGUGUCAAAAUCUGAUGUUACAAAAAUAUCGCAAGGGUUUUAUCCUCUUGGCUCU